AUGCUCAAUGUCCUGACGCUCCCCGCCAGCCGCAAUUCGUCGGACACGCCCUCUCCCAGCGUCUCAGCUCACGAUGCGCUGUCCAGGUCCCAAAGGACAUCUUCCCAUAAGCCUGUCAUGUCCAUGGUAUCGAGGGUGCAGGCAAGGGAUGAAGAGUUGCGUCGGCACUUUGACCUCCAACCAGGGGAACUCUUUAUGGACGAAUUCUACUGCGCACUCCACAAGAAGAUACUGCUUCAGGGCCGCAUGUAUGUGUUUGAAAACUACGUGUGCUUCUACUCGAAUCUGUUUGGCUGGGUCAAGAAGAAGGUCAUACCGCUGGCGGAGGUGAUCGAGAUCUCCAAGAAGAGGCACUACGGGUUUCCGAACUCCAUACGCAUUGUGUGGAACAGCAAGAAGGAGUUCUUCACAUCGUUCUUGUCACGGGAGGACGCCUAUGUCCUGCUGAUCAACGUGUGGAAUCAGGCGCAGCUGGCUGCUCAGACAUCGGAGCCAGGCCGGGCAGACAGCUUUGCUUCUGGCCGUCCAUCUGCUGCAGUGAACAAUUCAGCUGCCAGUGACACAACACAAGGUGACGACGACAGUGGGGAAGACAUCCCAAUGGCAGAAUCCCCACUGUCGACGCUGAAUCCUGUGGACAAGACCCAGAGCUGGGAAUCCGCAAGGGACAUGCUUGAGUCCAAGAGGAGAAACGACCAUGUGCAUGCAUCCGGAAUUUCAGAGGGCUCUGACGAAGAUGAGGAAGACGAUGAUGAUGAAUGGCAUCCUGAAGCCUCUCCGGCGCCUCCCAUCGCCUCGUCGAUGCAGUCUAUUGUCGAAGAAGAUUUUGACAUUUCGGCUCAAGUUUUCUUUAACAAGAUCUUCUCGGAUGAUUCGGUGUUCUUUGAAGAGAUCCACAAGGGGAGGGGGGACCAACGGUUCCAGACCUCCCCCUGGCAGACUCAUUCCCAUGUCUGCGGCCGCGUCCGUCAUACCACGUUCAUAUCGCCAGUGAAGUCACGUCUGCCUAUCGGACGUUUCGCACCAUCAACAGCAGCAUGCACACAAAACCAGCGGUGCUGCAUGUACAGUGAUGGCCACUUGGUGUUUGAGACCUCACAGGUGCACACGGGGCUGCCUUAUGGGGACUGCUUCCAGGUCAGAGUGCGCUGGGACGUGACGUCCCUGGGGCGGCAUGCCUCACCCUCCGAGGGCUGCCACCUGCAGAUCCACGCGGAGGUGCCCUUCACGCGCACCGUACUGGCACCAAUCCGCCGCAUGAUCAACACGGCCGUGUUCAAAGAGCUGCGCGAAACCGUGGACCAAAUGGUGGCCUUGAUGCGGGAGACCUUCACGUCGGCCUCAUUGUCCUUCUCUGAGGGGUCGGAGGACUCCCUGCACCGGGGUGAAGACGACCUGCCUGACAACAUGCACGAGCUCCUGAACCACAAGGAGUUCCGGCAGUGGAUUGUGCGCAUGGUGCGGGAAGAGUUUGGGGCCGGGGGGCCCGGUGAGGCGCCUGGCCUGUCUCCCCGCAGGAGUCGUCCAAGGGGGUCGUUGGAUCUGGACAGGUUGUCCAACUCCGGUAGCAGAAGGGCCCUGCGGAUGUCCGAGGGGGGAUGGUCCUCCUGGGUGGGCUUGUCGAAAUUGCCCCGACCGGGGAGGGGCAUCAGCCAGCCCGGGGCCGUCGUGUAUGUCGCCAUGGGCGUGGUGUUCCUUCUGCAGAUGCUCAACCUGUUUCUGUGGAUGUUUGCGCCCUCGGGACUGUGUGGCGGUGGGGGCCCCGCUGUGGGCACGCUGGGAGUUGCGGAGAGCAAGCUGGUGAGCUACUUGUCGCAUGUGCAGGAGGACUUGAAGCGGUUGCAGGUGGAUUUGGAGGGGCUGGUGCAGGCUGUUGGACUGGGCAUUGGCCACAUCUCAAAGGUUGUGAACAGUUUUGAACAGCGGUGA